CUUUUCUCCUUCUACCCCAAGUCUUGUUCUUUCUAUACCUUCACGUUGCUUUUGUGCCCGUCGACUCGGCAGCUCUUCAACCGUAGUGCCACUGCCAGGUUUUAUUUGUUAUUUUCCAUCUAAAAUGGGUUACUUUGUUAUUCAAAGUUUCCUGUUAAGCUGAAUGAAGGUUUGGAUACGGGUUUCAAAGGGAUUUGUAUUUCAAUAGAUUGAAUGAAUUUAUGAUUAAAAACGGGUAUUUAAACAGAUUUGAGUAGUGUGCGGGUAAUGUCUAAACGGAUUCGGGUAUUAUUGGUUUAUUCCUUAACGGAUUUGGGUACUUGAAUUGACAAUCGUGUUCGGGUAGUUGUUUUUUAGUGGUUACCUGCCCUGUUGCCAUCCUUACCCAUGAUGUGAUGAACAUAAACCCUCGCUCUAGAUUCAAAAAAGGAGGAGAAGAAGAGCUUUUUCUCCAUCAAAAGGACAAAGAAAAAAAAAAAAUCAAAUGUAAAGAAUGGCAGCAAUGGCUUCCAUUUCCAAAAGCCUAACAAGGGUCUAUGCUGGUACUGGAAAGCGUUGGGCCAUCGCUUCCUCUUCCUUUUUUUGUAGCUCAGCUGCUGCCAUCUCUGAAACUCCUUCUACUUCCUCUCCUCAACCAUCAAAGGGAGGUAAUCUACAAGAAGAAGGUAGAGGAAGAUGGUCAAAAUGGUUUCUAUUUGUACCUGGAGGUAUCACUUUUGGCCUUGGAACUUGGCAGAUUUUUAGAAGACAAGACAAGAUCAAAAUGCUUGAAUAUAGACAGAAGAGAUUGGAAAUGGUACCAAUGAAGUUUAAUGACGUAACCCCAUCAAGUGAACAAUUGGAUACUUUGGAGUUCAGGAGGGUGGCAUGCAAAGGUGUUUUUGAUGAGAAGAGGUCAAUCUAUGUUGGUCCACGUUCUAGAAGCAUAUCUGGGGUGACUGAAAAUGGCUACUAUGUAAUUACACCUCUAUUGCCGAUCGCCAAUGACCCCGAGAGUGUGCGUUCACCAAUUUUGGUAAACAGAGGAUGGGUCCCUCGUAUUUGGAAGGAAAGAUCCUUAGAAAUUUCACAAGAUGUUGAACAACCUUCACGUAUUACAUCCUCAUCUGUACAAGAGGGUGAACGAAUUUCAUGGUGGAAAUUUUGGUCCAAGAAGCAAAAGGUUACUGAGGAUCAGGUCCCAUCUGUCACUCCUGUAGAAGUUGUUGGAGUGGUUCGAGGGAGUGAAAAGCCUAGCAUUUUUGUUCCACAAAAUGAUCCUAGCUCUCAUCAGUGGUUUUAUGUUGAUGUUCCUGCAAUUGCCCGCGCUUGUGAGCUUCCUGAGAAUACUGUCUAUAUAGAAGACAUCAAUGAAAAUGUCAAUUCAGCAUGCCCAUAUCCUGUUCCCAAGGAUGUCAAUACCUUGAUUCGCAGUUCAGUUAUGCCUCAAGACCAUCUAAAUUAUACAUUGACAUGGUAUUCUCUAUCUGCUGCUGUUACAUUUAUGGCUUUCAAAAGACUAAGGCCAAAAAGAAGCCGGAGAUAGCAGGUUGGUGGUGUAAGAGAUGUACAUUUGUGUGAACUUUCCUAUCCUGAAUUUUUCGCCAGAAUCCGUUUGAAGAAAUUUUUGCCAGGUUGCUGCUCAAUACAAUCAUUUUUUCAACUAACUGAAAUAUCUUUUAUUGGGUAAUGUGUCGCAGCAAUUUACAAUACUGCUGGUAUGUGAUUAUCAGAGAAUUAAAUCCCUGAAAAUUUUUUGGUGAAAGCUGCUUUCAGCUGGGUUUUUCCUUGUCUUUUUAAAUCUAUAUGAGAAUGAAUAAUGUACUUUUUGACAUGACUGAGGAUAUGAACCCAGAGGGUACAAGAGAAUUUGAAUGCUAGCCUUUCCAGUUGAAAUUUCUAUGAUCUA